AUGUCUGAAUGUCUUAUUUUAUUUAAACAAUGCAAUGAAAUAUAUCUUAAUUCAUUUUCUAUCUUUUCUGAUGAUAUGGUAUCUUCUGACGAUUUGCGCAUCUUAGCAAACCCAUUUUUUGAAUCUUUAUUGAAAAAUAAUCGUAAUGCUUGGAAAAAUAAAGCCGAAACAUUCCUGAAACGUGCUGAAAUUUUGUAUAAAGAGGAUCUUGCUACCAAUUUUCCGGUCGAUAACAAGAGAAUAUUUAAUAACACAGAAAUUGAACAAUACUUUCAAGAAGAAAUGCUGAGAUUUUCAUACAAAGUAUCAAAUAUUUUUCCAUAUGCAAUGGUGAAUGAUAUCUGUGCUAAAUAUAAGGAAACAGCACUCUUAAUAAUAACAGAGUUUCAGAUGAAAAACAAUAAAAAUAUCGAAGAAAUUCCGCAAAAAAUCAAACAGUAUAUUCUAGAAUGGGAUAUUAUUUUAGACGCAAAUACAAGAAGUGUUUUAGAAAGGUGGCAAUAUGAAGUUGCUGAGCUCUUAUUAAUUAGUAUCACUAUACCAGAAUUGGCUGCUCUUCCGUCAUUCCAAUUGUUACGCAUUUGUAGCAACCUUAUAAAUGGAAAAAAUAAUCCAUCAUCCUUUAGAAGGGUUAUCAGGUCGAUUGUAGGACGUGAUAUGGGAAAAAUUUUAUCUGAACAAUUUGUUAUUGAUAUUUUAGUAGGUCUCGAAUCAAAUGAAUUGAAAUCUGUGCAAAUGUCGUUCAUAAAUAGUUGUCUUGGUAUUAUUCCUCUCACAUCUUCAAUUCGCCAACUUUUUUAUAAGCCGCUUUUUGUACAUAAUCCCUUUAUAUUUGCAAGUCCCAUCAUGCGGAGUAUUUUCCUCGCAGAGAAUGAAAAGUAUCAAAAUGCAUUUUUUGAUUUGCUCAAAGAUCCGCAAAUAGUUUUCGAAAGUUUACCAGAUUUGAAGAUUAUCAAUGAUCUAUUAAAAGAAAAUGAUCCGGACUCGCGAAUAGCUGCAUUGUCUUGUGAUAUAAUCCAAAAAACAUUCUUCGUGAAUUAUGAUCUGACUGAAUUGCACCAUAACUUUUCCAGAGCAGUUGAUUCACUAUCUGCCAAUAAUAUAGAACCAUUGCAAAAUAUAUCUGCUAUUGCCUUCUUGAAGGAAUAUGUACGUGCUUUUUGUGACUCUAAUAAAACUACCCUGAAAGAAUACGUACGCACUUCCCGCAGCACAAAUGAAGCCAAUUUGAAUGCUAAAAUACACAUUGAUACUUACAUGAAUAAAAUUAUUCGCGAUAUCAACAACCAAUUAAAGUCGAAAUGGCCGAGAAUUCAUUCGCUUAAAAUAUAUUUUCUAAAAUACCUUCGGUCUUGUAAUUUUUCAAUGAAAGAUAUUAGAGAUUUAUGUGAAUCACAAGAGCAACCUUUCCCUUGGCUUAACGAAAUACCAUGGGAAGAUCAGGAAAAUUGGCUUUCUUUCAACCCAUAUUGGUUGCAUCAAGACUAUAGAUAUGCUGAAGAUUACUAUUAUCACGUUUACGACGAUUCCAAGCGCGAUGAAGCUAAUGUUAACCGGUUUUUUGCAUUAUAUUUAAAAAUAGCACGAUCAAAAAUGCCGAAUAUGAAGAAAAAUGAUCUUGUUAUAUUUGCGGGAGUAAUUGUUGCCCGUCUACAUUAUAUAAGGGCUUCACGCGAAUGGACAGACAAUGAAAUAAGAAUAGUUGAUUACUUAACUAAAGAAAUAGAAACCAUGAACGUUUCAUCGAUAUAUAAAGAAAUGUUUUUAAAACUGAAAUUAAAUUCUAAUUCUUUAAUUCAACUGCUCAAAGACAAUGAAGUCGACCUCGAAGACAAUAAAGUUGAUGAAUUACUGAUGAAAUCAGUCAUUGUACAUUUAAUAAUAGUGCAUGCUUCCAUCCCGGAUAAUGAAAGCCCGCUUGCUGCUUAUCUUCAUCAAUUACAAGUUUGUCAAGAUGACUUCAUUCUGACAUGUCCAUCGGACGUCGAAGGUGUUGUUAUGAAUGCAGUUGCCUCCUUCAGAGAUGAAGAUGGUGCAGGAAGCGGUGUUGCCAGGUAUCAAUGCAUAUGCGGUGAAAAGUUUAUCGUCCUUGAUUGUGGAGGCUUUUCAAAUCCUGAAGAAAGAGACCCUAAUAAGUAUAGCAUUUCGGGUGAGUGCCUGAAUUGUAAUAGAGUGAUUGGCUAUGGUUCAAAUGAAGGUGAAUAUACGCGUUUGGAUACAGACGUGAUCACAUCCUUUCCAAUCAAGCAUGAACCCGGAUACAUAGUUGAACAAAUUUCAACAGAAAAAACGCAUAAUGCCCGCAUGAUGACACCACAAGCCUAUCGUAUUUUACAUUUGUUCGUGCACACACUUGGUGCAUCUGUACCAUCAUCCAUUGCAUCCAAAUUUUUUGAAAAAAAUGGUAACAAUGCAGGAGACCCAAUGGUGCAUUGUCUUAAUAAUAUUUGCAAUGACUGGAAGAUACUUAGGGAUAUUUUUGAUUAUAACGAUGAACAGUUGGCACUGAUUUUACAUUCUAUUAUUUCCUCAAUGAUCGAGGGACCACAAUCAAAUGAAUGGCGAUUGGAUACUCCAGAGAAACGAGAAGAGUGGGAAGAUAAGUUUA